CACACGAGGGAGCCGUUGGGUUAGGUGAGUUGAAGAGGCCACAACAAGCGAAGCACAGUAGCCUAGCUAAGCUAGUGAGGCUAAACAACCGAGCAGAAGUUCAGUUACAACAUGGCCAUCUCAAGGUUACCUCAUGCAGCGCUUACCCUGAAGCAGUUUUUACAGAGGCAGAAGGUUUUAGGUUUGUACAGAAACAUGAUGAAGACCAUAAGGCAGGUACCUGACGAGGAGGACCGAAAAUACCUGAAGGACUGGGCAAGGGACGAAUUCAAAAGGAACAAGAAUGCCACAAAUCAGGACGCGAUCCGUAUGAUGAUCACACAAGCAAACAAUCAUCUUGAGGACCUACAGAAAUCUCUUGCGUUGGCUGGUAGAAGCUAGCUAGGCUAAACAAGUGACAGGCAUUGGAUGCCUAAAGAACCUGCGGUGCUCAUCUGAGAGCAAGCUCUGCGACUCUUCAUUGAGCCGAGUAUGUGUUGGAUUAAUACCUCAUCGCCUGGCAAGAGAGGGACUUGGAACACAAAAUACUUUUUGCAAGGCCAACUCGUCCCUCCCCAAACCCUGACACCGACACUUUGUGGUGCGCAGUGUGACUGAGAAAUAUUAUGUUGUAAUAUAUGUGAUCAGAAGAGUGGUGAAAUCGUUAUGCUCUUACAGUUUACUAUCAAUUUAAAUUGCGACUAUUCUGCAAGACUAAGAGUUUAUUUCUGUGCACUUUACAUUUUCGCAUGUUAUGUUCUUGUUGAAUAUAUUUUGCAACUGGCAAACAAUGAAAUGUCAUUUCAACUCUUUUCUU